AUGGGCAGCAGUGGGAAGCAAAAAGUUGUUACAUGGACCCCAGUAAACAAGCCGCUGAAACGUGUUCAGAAAUGCUUAAUAAUUCAGAUCGAAAGUUGUCCGGUGGAAUCGGUGUACGAUCUUCGGGAAGACGGGGAUUCUCGUGAUGUUUAUGAUGAUGCUACCGCAUUUCGACGACCGCGCUCUAAUAGUUCCGAUUUUCUCAUUCUGCGGAAGACAUCGAGACCGAUAUCUGUGGAUGUGGUUGGCCUUGUCGAUGAUAAUCUGGAUCCGUACAAGCAGUACAUGAAGGUGGUCGACUGCUAUGAGCUGGCGCCGCAUGCCGGUUCCGUUGUUCUUCUGGAUGGCAAAGUAAAGUUGCAAAAGGCAUUCAAAGUGCUGAUCGAAUGGGGCGUUGGAUCGGCGGUUGUCUGGAGCAGUAAGCUGCAGCGUGUUACUUCUCUACUUUGCCUUACCGAUUUCCUCAACACGCUGCUCUCGGAUUCGAGCGAAGAAUCGACGCCGGUCGAGCAAGCAGUUUCAUCCAAUCAACUGGUUUGGCUCAGUGCUUCAUGCAAAUUGUUGGAAGCGUGCCAUGAAUUUUGCUCUAAUCGAGUUCAUCGAAUAGUGAUUUUUGAUCAGGCUGGCGACGUCUUCUACCUUCUCACCAUCAAACGAAUCCUACAAGCCGUCCAUAAACAGGUUCGAGAAAACGAUAGUUUGGAGACGGCAGCACGUAAAAUGCUCGAUUUCCGUAUCUCAAGCGUUCCGAUCCUGGACAGCGAGGACCGGCCUGUUGAUGUGAUCAGCAAAACGGACAUCGCCUACGCUCUGGCCGACGUCAAAAAUUUCAAAGAGCAAUUUCGGAGGUUGACCACAGUUGACGCGGUCAGGAAUCGACAACCGAUUAUAUUCCCGUCCGAAACGGACACCGUUGGUCGGAUUCUCGAUUUCGCCUUGAGUCGCAAGAAUUGCCGGUGUGUCUUCGUCAUCGAUGUUGCUAGCGGAAAACUUAGCGGUGCAAUAUCGCUCUCCGAUUUUAUCUCAUAUAUCCUGUACCAUCAACUUUCUUCACUUCCUUCUGACUGA